AUGGUCUUGCAGAAGGACAUUCGGUCUCCUACCUCUCCGCAUUUCGCUAGUCUGAAUAAAUCUCACUAUUGUCCUAGCUCAGUUCUUGAUGAUAUGUUUUCUAAUAGACAGUGCAUCGUAAUUUCUUUCCUCUCUAGUACUCUAGUGGGUCUGUACAACACGACUGAAGUCACAGCAAACAGAAAACACCUAGAUUCGGCACACAACUCCCACACUUGGACGCAAUCUUCUACAUCUAACAUUUUCACAAUAUUGGCUCUCUUGCGCAGCUGCUUUUCCUUGUGCAGAGUCCUCGCUUAUCUCUUAAAAUCCUGUCUGAAAAUGGAACUUCUUCAGAAGGCCAAGGCCAAGAAGGCCGCGAAUCGAAAACAGGCCAGUCCUCCAAACCAGGAGGAGCAAGCGAAGAAAAAGUCCGCAAAAGAACUGGGGAAGAUUGAAGGAUUCAAGGUACCAACUGAUCCUCAGAAAUGGGAGGCUCUUGUGCAGGCAGGACGUUUGGAAAAUUUAACUAUCAAAACCUUGCCAAGCGGAAUGUUCGGCUCAGCUUCAAAAGCGUCCAAUAAACAAUAUCUAAUGCUACGCUGUUAUUCGCCUCGAAUUGUAUCUAACAUCGAAUUCGGUAACCACAUGAACAAGUUUGGAUUCAGUGAUCACCUGCUGAGCCAGGCAGAGAAUCUGCUCCAUCAAUCCCGGGACUGGGACAAAUACAUCCGGAUUCUUGAGCGAGGCAUAUCUAUCCGGGAACUCAGGGAAAUACAAGGUGACCUUUGGCCCGGAUCAUUCAUGGCUGCCAAGCGGCUGCAGGAGCAAACAGCCACAGUACAAGGAACGCACGACCGAGUCAGACGAGCCAGCAAUCAGAAGGUCGAAAAAUUCCGAGAUGCGGAGGAUGAAGCAACGCCAAAUGCGGCGCUUAUCGUUUUGCUUCAAGAGAUUACGCACAUAGUAGAACGCACAGACCUUGAGUGGGUGCUGAAUAGGACUGGCUUUCUUGCCGAUUUUGGCGAUAAGCGACGAUAUUGCGCCUUCACAGAUGGAGCGUUGCGCUCUACAAGUGAUUUUGAGGUCUUUUCUAUCGCCGAAGUUAAGAAGGGUCUCCGGUCGCGCUCCUUUAUCAUCCAAGAAGCUUGUGAGCUUAUUGCAUGGAUGAUGACGUCUCCAAAGUCAGCUGUAUUUCGAGGCCAUUUUCUCCUUAUGUCCCAGAAUCGGCACCAGAUAUUCUUGACAUUUGCCAAAUAUGAGGAGGAACUUGAGAGGUAUCUCAAGAAUAAUGAAGCAACUGAUAAAUUUCUUGUUUUAGAGACAUUUGGCCCAUAUGAUGCUGAAGAUCCUGUUUGCGUUGUCGAUCUUGCAAAGAUCAUCAUUGCUGCCAUUGAGAUUAUAAAAAUGAGCCUAUCGAGUCGGUUGGAUCUAUAA